AUGUUUUCCCGACUACGAGUAGCUGCCACUCCCUGUGCGAUGGCAUGUCGCAGCGCACAUACGAAAGAAAAAGGCAAGCCACUGAUGUUAAACCCACGAACAAACAAGGGUAUGGCCUUUACAUUACAUGAACGACAGAUGCUUGGGUUGCAAGGACUUCUGCCUCCUAAAAUAGAAACACAAGACAUUCAAGCCUUACGCUUCCAUAAGAAUUUGGCAAAAAUGACUGACCCCUUGGAAAAGUAUAUCUACAUAAUGGGAAUCCAAGAGAGAAAUGAAAAAUUAUUCUAUAGAGUAUUGCAAGAUGAUAUCGAGCGGUUAAUGCCAAUUGUAUACACACCAACAGUAGGCCUUGCCUGCUCACAGUAUGGACACAUCUUCAGGAGACCAAAAGGAUUAUUUAUUUCUAUCUCAGACAGAGGCCAUAUAAGGUCAAUUGUGAACAACUGGCCCGAGAAUGAUGUUAAGGCUGUUGUUGUCACUGAUGGAGAAAGAAUAUUGGGUCUUGGAGAUCUAGGUGUGUAUGGGAUGGGAAUUCCAGUAGGAAAACUGUGUUUGUAUACAGCCUGUGCAGGAAUACAUCCAGAUAAAUGCUUGCCUGUGUGCAUCGACGUUGGAACUGAUAAUGCAACACUCUUAAAAGAUCCAUUUUAUAUGGGCCUGUACCAAAAAAGGGAUCGCUCACAGGUCUACGAUGACCUAAUUGAUGAAUUUAUGGAAGCCAUUACAGACAGGUAUGGCCAGAACACACUUAUCCAAUUUGAAGACUUUGGAAACCACAAUGCUUUUCGCUUUUUAAGAAAAUACAGAGAGAAAUAUUGUACCUUCAAUGACGAUAUUCAAGGGACAGCUUCAGUGGCCUUGGCAGGACUGCUGGCAGCACAGAAAGCCACUGGUAAACCACUUGCAGAGCAGAAAGUGCUGUUCCUUGGAGCAGGAGAGGCUGCCCUGGGAAUUGCAAACCUCAUUGUUAUGGCUAUGAUGGAAAGCGGCAUUUCUGCUGAGGAAGCCUACAGGAGAAUAUGGAUGUUUGACAAAUACGGUUUACUGGUUCAGGGCCGAGAACAAAAGGUAGAUUCCAAUCAAGAACCAUUUACACAUCAGGCUCCAGAGCAGAUACCAAAGACAUUUGUAGAGGCAGUGAAUGUACUUCGGCCUUCGGCUAUCAUUGGAGUUGCAGGAGCUGGGCGGCUCUUCUCUCAGGAUGUGAUCAAAGCAAUGGCCUCUAUUAAUGAGCGACCCAUAAUAUUUGCACUAAGUAACCCUACAGUGAAAGCUGAAUGCACAGCAGAGGAAGCAUAUACACUAACAGAG